CAGUUGAUGGCGGAUGGGGAGAGUUUUCCAAUUAUAGCCCAUGUUCGCUUGAAUGUGGCGGAGGUACCCAAGAACGUGUUCGAUUAUGUAACAACCCAGAGCCACAAUAUGGAGGCUCUCAGUGUCUAACUGCAGGGGGAGUAGAGCAACUAGAAGAAUCACAGGUUGAACCAUGUAACACACAGCCAUGCCCAAUUGAUGGCGGAUGGGGAGACUUUUCCAAUUAUAGUGCAUGUUCACUUGAAUGUGGCGGAGGUACCCAAGAACGUGUUCGAUUAUGUAACAGCCCAGAGCCACAAUAUGGGGGCUCUCAUUGUGUAACUGCAGGGGGAGAGGAACAAGUUGCGGAAUCACAGAUUGAACCAUGUAACACACAGCCAUGUCCUAUUGAUGGAGGAUGGGGAGAGUUUUCCGAAUAUGGCGCAUGCUCACUUGAAUGUGGCGGAGGAACCCAAGAACGCGUUCGA